GGGCCGGCAGAUGCUGUCAUCACUACGGCAGCCAUCGACUUUUCCCGACCGUGUGUGCCACAGCUGUCCAACAGAGGUAUCCUCGACUGCCAAAGGCGCAGUGAGUGGCGGGGUGCUCUGCAGCUCCUGGCAGAGUUUUCCAGCCAUCUUUUUCGCACGGAUGCCGUGAGCUUCAGUGGCGCCAUCAGUGCGUGCGAGCGCCGUAGCUACUGGCGGGUUGCUUUGGACUUGCUGUCCUUCAAGGAUGGAGCGCCGAGCUUUGGCGCCUUCAGCUGCACGAGCAGCAUCACCGCCUGCGCGAAGUCGGAGAUGUGGCAUCAGGCCGUCGCCAUCUUCUGUCGGAUGCCGGCAUCCCGAGUGGUUCCGACCGUUGCUGUUGCAAACUCCCUUUUGCGUGCUUACGAGCGAAGUGCACAAUGGCAGCCGGCGGUGAGGUUACUAAGCCGAGGAGCUGCUCCAAAAGAUGUCAUCAGUUACGGCACGAGCAUCAGCACCUUCGAGCGACAGGGGCAGUGGCUACAAGCUCUUGAGGCUCUGAAAGAGAUGUCCCUGGAGCGCCUUCCUGCUGAUCUUAUUACCUACAACGCG